UAUAAAGGCCACCCAUUCUCUCCCAUAAGGCACAAAUCCCCUUAAACAAAAAGCCAUUUAUACGCCCAAAGAUUCUUCAAUUGCUCAUUAGCCAUGGCUUCUAACAAGCUCUCUGCAACCAUUCUAAUCUUCUCCCUGCUCUUCUCUGCAACAUUUUCUAGUGCUUGCAACACAUGCAAUCCUAAGCCUGCACAUUGCCCUAAAGACACACUGAAACUUGGGGUUUGUGUGGACCUUCUUGGGCUAGUUAACGUUAGUGUUGGAACACCUGCAUCAAGCAAAUGCUGUGCUCUGCUUGGAGGCUUGGCUGAUUUGGAAGUUGCACUUUGUCUUUGCACUGCCAUUAAAGCUAAUGUGCUUGGAAUCAACUUGAAUGUGCCUCUUACACUUAGUUUGCUUGUCAGUGCUUGCCAGAAAUCAGUUCCUCCUGGUUUUGUAUGUGAAUGAAAUUAAAGAUUCGCUUUUCAUGCUUUUCUCUUUAUUUUUUUAUGUUUUUUUUUUUUUUUUUGGGUUUCGUUUUCUGUGAGGUUUUUUUUUGGUUGUGUUUGUUUCUUCAAUUGUGGGGAGAAAACUAGGGCUCUAGGUUUUGUUGGAGAAUGAUAAUCAAUGUGAUUUGUUUGAAUAAAAAAGGCAAGUCCCUUUGCCUUCAAUA